GAGAUUCCAGAAUUUACUAACAAAUAUAGAAUUAAACGUAGAAAUAAUGGACAUAAACAAUACAGAUUUGUAUCUGCAUUCUUAUAUGACAAGCGAAAGCGAGAAAUGCGAUUUGAGAUUUCGAAGAAAACAAUAGAUAGAUUAAAAACAGGCAAUGGGAUUCAGUUAAAAAUAAACAAAGAGGAUAUCAAGAAAGUAUUCGAUGCUCCAGACGGGUUUGAUAUCGAACAUGAAGAUAUAUUUUUUGCUAUGUCAAGAAAAGUUUUUGAAGAAACAGGAUUAGAUAUCAAAAAGAUUUUCUGUGAGGUUAAAUACUUUGGGUUUGAUAAGAAGAUUUUUGAAACAGAUGGGAUAGUCACCCAU